CCGAGCUGCCCUGGGGCUUGUGAGCGAGUGUGUGGGCGCGGAGGGAGGAAGGCUUUCAUGUUAAGACAAAAAGGAAGGAUUUUUAAGAGAGAGAAAGCGAGUGAGAGAGAUAGUGAGAGAGAUCUGUCAGAGAGUGAGUGAAUGAGUGAGUGAGUGGUGUGUGUGAUGGUGUGUCAGUACUGAAGGCGAUUUGAAAAGCCCCCCCACCCCCUGUGUCCAUGGGCAUGAGAGAAAGAGCGAUCACCCCAUCACCGGUGGCUACUCAGUUCGGGAAUGGAUCAUCAACAACAACAACAACAACAACAACUUGCAUUUAUCUCGCGCCCCUCACGCAGGGCAGAGUCCCAGAGCGCUUGAAUCAGAUCACAUCAGCCCAGAAACUUUAAGGAGAGAGACGUAUCAUAUCUUCCUACUUCCUCGUUUGGUCGGAGGAUUGAAUGAGGGGGUUACACCCCUUCAUUUAUAACCUUUAAACCCGCGUCGGAAAAAAACAGCUCAGAUCAAUCGUUAAACCGUGGUUUAAUUUCGGGGGGAGGGGGGGGGGAGACAGGAGAGCAAAAUUUGGCUUUUUAAUAUAUAUAAUCUACAUAGUUUAAAACAAAGUGCUUCCUAUUUAUCCUGAGGUUUAAAUGGAAUACAGUAUAAUCCUCAAUUCACACAAACAAUUUGCUCUUGUAUUACGUGGCGAGAGAGUUAGGGAACGACUGAAACAGCAACUGGACAUUUUAGUUCAGUGUCUCUCUCCCUCCCCGGCCCCCCUCCCCAUUACCAGUGCUUUCCGCACUAUAGGGAGAAUCGUUGCAGGUUAGUGAGAUGUUUGUCAAGUGACAACAACUCCCUGAUCCCACGUUCCCUUUCGAGGAGGGUUGGAUCGAUGGCAAGCCAGGCGAGUCGACAGCAGCGAGCCCCAGACUGGUGUAUAUAUUUCUUUCUCUAUGACUGCUCGAAAGUGAGAGAAGAGGGCGACCCAACCAGAGCUGGCAUCUAUUACUUCUUCCCCUCCCAGACGCCUUCUGAUCUGCAAGAGUUUCUCAUUGGACAAAUCGCGGGGGUGAUUUGCUGUUUCACCGACAUUGCCGGAUCCCCCCCGACCCUCAUCCGGCUCAGGAAGCUGAAAUUCGCUGUGCGUUCAGACAGGAACUUCCUUUGGGCUCUCGGGUGUACGAUGGAUAUCCCGGACGUGAGCUGCAGAUGUUUUCUGGACCAACUUAUCGGUGUCUUCACAUUUUACAACGGGUCCAUUCAACAUAUUUACCAGACCGAGCGGCAGGAAGUACUGGGGCGUCAGUGGGACCUUUACACAGCUCACAUCCAGCAACACCCCUGUGAGCUGCACAAGAUAUUCAACGCUCUCUGGAACCUGGACAGGACCAAAGUGGACCCGCUCUUGUUGCUGAAGGCUGCUCUCAUAUUACAGACCUGUCAGCGCUGCCCUCAUGUGCUGGCCGGCUGCAUCCUUUACUCGAACCUAAUUGUCAGCACUCAGCUGCCACCUGUGCUAACAGCCAAAGUGCUGGCUUACCAGCCUGGAGCCAGCGUUCAGGGUCCCAGCAGAAGCUCAGAGGAAGUCUUGUUGCCUCAAAACGUGGCGAUUCUGACCGUCUUUGUUACCGAAGACGAGGCUGUGAGUCUACGGAGGUUCCCCUUCGAGUGGGCACAGGGGGUCCCAGCCUCUCCAGAGCCGGAAUUGAACACGGACAAGAUGGCGAGGCCUCCUUAUCUCUCCAGGACGCUGUCAGACACCCUGGACUGUGAGGUCUGGCACUCCCCGGGGGGCGAGAACACCUGUGGUCCGUUCGAAACCCCGUACCUGAAUCCCGGCGACCAAGAAACACACCAAGUCACCGUCAGCGACCUUUCCCAGAGCUGCGAGACACUGACCCCCUCAGCCCACGACCCCGGGCUCUCUCCGGUCCACACGGACUGUGAUAUCAAAUGGAGGGAUUAUUAUUAUUCCAUCCAGGAGAAAAGCCGACCGGCGUUUCCUGCUUCAGAGUUCAAACCUUCAGCCCAGUUGGACAAGGCAAGGCUUGACGUGUACAGGGAGGUGACGGGAAGCGACGAUCGUGAUCGUGGCCUGGACAGAGGCCGAGGGAACACAGACAGCCUGAGGGUCGCCUCCGAGUCAGGGUGUGAAAAUGCCGCUGAUUACAGCCCAGCCAGGUCCAGCGAUGGCCUCACCGCAGCCUGGCCCACUGCCCUCCCAGAGAGGACGUCAGUGGAGUCCGGUCUCUGCGGGAAGAGGGACGUCCGGGUGGGGAUUGGCCGGCCUGGAGAUGGGAAUUCAUCAAUGGCCAAGGAGUACAUGGACAUGGCACCGUUACCCGGCCCGGCGUCUCCGGAGAAGGUGGGCUGUGGGUCGGUUGACCCCCUGGAGUUCCUCAGGGCUUCAGACGCAGGCCUGAAGGAUUCUGGACGAGCAGCGGGAUUCAGGGCGGAGGAAGAGGAAGGUGAGGAAGCAGUGGAACGGGCCAGGACCCUGGGGUCUCCCAGCGCGGAAGAGGCCAGCCAACGCCCCCUGCUGGUGGAGAUGGCUCUGUACGUCCACACGGUGAAGGAGCUGGUGAUCGCUCUCCUCGCCGAAGAUGGGUUUGGAUUUGACCAGAACGCCAUUGAGGAUGUUUAUCACAGCACCUUGGCGUCUCUGAACGGUCUGGAAGUCCAUCUGAGCGAGACCUUGCCCAGAGCAAAGGUCCCGGCCACCAAACCCAGCUGUAACUUUGCUCAUUACGACUGUGUGCAGCACGUACUGACAGCUCAUCUGCCCCCGACCCUGGGCACACAGGACAGCCACUUUGUUAGAGCCGCCGGCUUGAUGCACACUGACCUGACCCGCAGCCCCACCAUCCACGAGAUGUCUGUCCGGAACACCCUCACCGCGGUCUACAGCUGCCGCAGCCCGGCCCAGGAGACUCACUUCCAGCAGCUGGGAGCUCCCGUCCGGAACUCUGGCGUUCCCAACCCUCACGACAGCAUCUUCACUUUACCCGGGAAAGCCAAACAGAAGCUACUGAAACACGGAGUCAAUCUGCUCUGAGCCGGGAGCAUGUCUGUCUCUCUCUCUCUCUCUCUCUCCCCCCGUCACUCCCCCAGCAACACAAAGUGGUCAGUCCGAGCUGUCUGGAGCUCAGCUCAAGGACAACACAAUACAACUGGCAUUUACACCGCGUCCCUCAGGCAGGGCAGCGUCCCUCCCAGAGUGCUCGACCGUGGCAGAGCCGGGGGGAGGAGGUGACCAUAGGUACGGCCGAAGAGGGAGGUCUUCCUGAAGAUGGGGAAGGAGGGGGGUGGCGAGGCGGAGGAGGAUAGAGGGAGGGAGUUCCAGAGUGUUCGGAGUGCAGUGGCUCAAAGUCCGGCCACCGAUGGUGGAGCGGAGGGCACAAGGGAGAUGAGCACUACAGGGACACCACAGUGUGUCGGCCUGGCUCAGCGCUAUCGCUCUCGCCUCGCCUCUUCAGGCAGAAGUUUGUGGGUUCAAGCCCUCGCAAUCUCUCUGCCCACACUGUAGAAAAACAACAUGGGGCGGGAGGGGAAAAGGAUUUUGUGAAAACCCUGUAGAAAGGCCGGUUAGACGGUGCAUAUCGUCGCUAAUCUUUUAAAUUACAAGAUGUUUAAAUGUUGUUUUUUUGGUGGGGCGCGAAUGCUGUACAAAGUUGUCACAUUCACUGUAAAGUAUUUAAUAACACUGGGAGUUUUGUACAGUAAAACCCACUCUGUUGUCUCCAGGUUACCUCACACUCCACGGGACUCGUGCAUCCUUUUACUUUAGGAAAAUAAACCCGACGUCGCUGUUCACUGUCCUUAUUUAAAUUUGAAAUAAACUGGAUAACUUCU